GGCGCUGGCCCCGCCCCUGCCCUCCCCUCGGGGCUGGGCCGGCGCGGCACUGGGCUUCUGCUCUGUCCCAGCAGUGCGUGCAGCCCGGUUGCCCCGCUCUUCCUACUCCUCCCCCUCCUUCUCUUCCUCCCCGCCACCGUCGCCGCCGCCCCAGGACUCAGCCGAGCUUCCCCAGAAGCCGCCGCCGCCGCCGCCGUCGCCGCCGCCGCCGCCCUCAGGAUGGUGAUCCGCGUGUACAUCGCGUCCUCCUCCGGUUCCACCGCGAUUAAGAAGAAACAGCAAGAUGUCUUGGGCUUCUUGGAAGCAAACAAGAUAGGAUUUGAAGAGAAAGAUAUCGCAGCCAAUGAAGAGAAUCGGAAAUGGAUGCGUGAAAAUGUACCUGAAGAAAGUCGUCCAGCCACAGGGAACCCACUUCCCCCUCAGAUCUUCAACGAGUGCCAGUACCGUGGGGAUUAUGAUGCCUUCUUUGAAGCCAGAGAAAAUAAUGCAGUGUAUGCCUUUUUGGGCUUGACAGCCCCACCUGGGUCAAAGGAAGCCCAAGCCCUGGCACAGCAGCAAGCAUGAACCCUAUGCCUCCUGUGAGGGAUUCGCCACCGCAGUUGCUUUUCUAAAAUAGCAAAAUGAUCUUGGCUUCCAGAAAACAAUAGGCUUCAUGUCUACAGCAUCAAUUUGUUGCUUGGUGUGCUCGGCGUCCAAACAAUAACCAAUGGAAUACAUGAUUAAAAUGUGAAUGUUAUAUGGUUAGAGCUUCUGGGAGAUGAUUAUUGUAAAAUUACAAGUAGAUGUGAUGGAGUGGUAUUGUGAUCUGUCUGGGCAUCCAUGCCCCCCCCCCCUUUUGUAAUCGUAAUGCAAAAACCUCUUUUAUAUUAUUAUUUUUAUUGUUACUGCAGCUUAAAUAUCUUUAGAGCUCCUGUUGUUAAGCAUAUGAGAAUCCAAAAUAAAAUGGGAGGGGAAGAGAAUCUGUCUAAUUGAUUUGAUGCCUCAGUGCUCUCCUGGAUUUUUCCAAGCAAGUACUUGUGUACAAUUUUGAUGUGUUUCUGCUGUGAUUUUUAAAGAAGCCAUAAGCCAUGUUUAUCAUUUGGCACUUGUCAUGAUGACUUAUGGCCAUUCCGAUAUUCCAAUUCUUUUGUAGAUGGAAACUGUGUACUGUGCAUGACACAUACUCUUGGGGCUCCUUAGCAUGGCCCUGUGUUGCUCAUUUUGGUGAUCAACAGAAAGAAGCCCCUUUCCACUGAAAAGUCAGAAAAACAUCCAGGUGAUGGGUCCCUUGCCUGACCCCCCAGCUGAGGCUUAAUCUUCUCUUUGAAGGUGUGUGUGCAAAGACUGGUCUGUGUCUGAGCACUGGGUCUCUGGGCUUUGAGUCAACGUGAGCGCUGCAGUAUCCUUCAAUUACGUGGCUGAAAAUGGGCAGAAAAUCAUAGCCCAAGGAGCCUGAGUUUCCAUGGGAGGAGCUAAGAGGCAAAUGUUCCCCAGGUGAUAAUUGGUACUGUGGCUUUGUGGGUUGUUGUUUUUUCCCCCUUCAGUUUUCAAAUGACACAUCACCAGGGCACUAAGCUCCAGAAAUUGGCAAAUAGGAAUUAGAAACUCAACUGUGCAAAUGCAUUUUCUUAGCAUGUGAAGCAUGUUUUUUCAUGAGUACAUUAAGUUCAGAUGGAUUUAUCUUUCUACACUUCAAUAAUAGCAAACAUGCAAUAAGAGUAUCCAUUCAAGCAAGGGACCAAUUUGAAACCCUAACCCUCAAGGCUGAUAAAAGGGCAAGGAGCGAUAUGGCCUCCAUCACUUACCGUAGAGCCUUUGCUACUAAAAGCACCCCAUAGGCACCCCCAUUUUCCUUUAAGUGACUUUCCAUUACCCUGCGCUGUAUGCGUUGCUGUGUCGUUUGCCAAAAUCAACAUGUAAUGAAUAUAUGGCAUUGUUUACGGAGGUUCAACACGGGAACAGUGCUUUAAAGUGAGAUCAACAUUUUUAGAAACAGAAAUUACAGACUGCUGGGGAUCUGAAAUGAAUAGGAGUGAUGCCAGAUGAAUAGUAUGUGGUUUCUUCUGAGGGGGAGGGAGGGGAACAGGAAGCAGUGGAAAGAAAACUGUUUAAAUAUUCCUUUCUAAGUUUGCUCAUUAGGCCUCUGAAGUUGCCAUCAACAAAGACAUUUCAAGAACAAAUGUUCGACUGAUUUGUGUGUGAAUUAUGGCAUCAAGAAUGCUGGAGGACACGGGGUAUCUGGAUCGGAUUCUAAGAUAUGGGAAAUGUUUGGGUCCCAAAUGAUUUUGCUCCACUUCCUGGCAGGGGAGGGCAACAGGUUUUAGUGGCUAGCGAGCUGGCCUAGAAGCCAGGAAGGCCUGAGUUUAACUCCUCCCUCUGAUCUAUCCUGACUGUGUGGCUCUGGGCAAGUCACCUAAUCCUUCUGGGCCCUGGGCAACUCUUGAAGACUUUUAAGUCGUGGAGAAGAUGCCAGACUGCAUCGGUAGGACUUUCCACACAUUCCAGAUCUCAGUGAAAUCAAACGUCCAGUCCCUGUCCCUAGCCUGAUGUCCCAUGCAAAGGUGAAUCCUGUCUGGCUGCGCUUCCAACUCUGUACUGGUCUCGAGGGAGGCAGCUAGCCAAAGGGGGGAUUCUGUUGAGUGGCUGGCCUCCAGCUAAGUGGCUCACAACUGAUAAAGCAACACAUUCAUCCAAAGGGGAAAAAAAUACAACUGUCUUCCCCUCCCAGUUGUUUGGGUUUCAUACUAAAGGGUACAUCUUUAUUUCCUUAGCUGUGUCCCCUAUAGCCAGGUCCGAUAAAGUAGCCAAGAAAGUGAAAACCAGAAUGGUGGGGGGAGUUUUGAUGAGAAAAGAAAAUAGAAAACCUCCCCUCUGAUGUUGGAUUUUUAGGGGAGAUCGUGGCAUAUUACUUUUUGGGUGGAUCAGAUCUGUUGAUUGCCCAUUUUGCUCUAAAAAGAUGAAUUUCAGGUAUUUGAGCUAAUAUUUUUCUCUGAAACAGAUUUAUUCCAUCAGGUUGGAGACAACAGAGCAGGGCUUUUAACUUCAUAUCUACAGGUUGUGCUUAUGCUUUAGGAGGGAGUUUUUACCUUUGGAUACCAUGGACCUUGUAGGCACUCUGCUGAAGCUUAUGGACCCUUUCCCAGAAUGAUUUUUUUUAAAAAAUUCAUGAUUAAAGGAAAUGUUAAAUUUCAGUGAGAGCUUAAUGAAAAUAAAGAUGCAAUUUUUUUCCCACCCAAAUUCAUGAGGCCCCAGAAAUCAACCCAUAGGUCCCUUGGGAAUGCAUGGUCCCCAGCUUAAGAACCGCAGGUGCCUGAGGGAAUAAAAGGGGCUUGCUUCUGAGUAGCUAAAGGCCCUGGCAUCAGUGCCCUGAGCCCCAGUGAUUCUGAUUGUUCUCCCUUCUCCCCAGCUUUUUUUUUCUUUUGCCUAAAUAGAAAUAGCUUUGCUUUGAAACAAAUGAUUUACCAUUCCAAUAAAAGUCUUUUAGAUGCUUUCACA